AUGGCGGCCCCAAAGAUGACCAAGAACCAGAUGCGAAGGGCUAAGAAGAAGGAGCAAAAGAAGGCUCAAGUAGACGCUACUCCUGUCAAAUCCGAGGAGCAGGCGACAAAGCCCGACGAGACUGACUCCGCCCCCGAAUCAUCAACGACGGACCUCGAGGUUAAGAAGGAAUCCACGAUUGAAGAUGCCGCCCCUAUAGAUGGCCCUGCACUCGAUGACGAUGCCCUGGAGGAGGAUCCUGCAUAUGCGAUGUACAAGGACAUCUUCAACAAGUUCGGCGUGUCUAUGGAAGAGGAUGAGAUUGCCAAGGAGGCCAACGCCGGAAAUACAGGAACAGUAUUUUAUGCUGACGACGACGAUAUUCCUGACGAGGAUGAGGAAAACUCAGGCCCACCCAAGCUAUCCAAAAAAAAGAAGAAGCAGCUCAACAAGCUAUCUAUUGCAGAGCUCAAGGCUUUGGUCAAGAUUCCCGAAGUGGUGGAGUGGCAAGACGUCUCUUCCUCGGAUCCUCGCCUGCUUGUCCAGAUAAAGGCUCAGCGAAACGUCGUGCCAGUACCGACCCAUUGGUCGCUGAAGCGAGAGUACCUGUCCUCAAAGAGAGGUAUUGAGAAGCCCCCUUUCCGCCUUCCUGGAUUCAUCGCGGAAACCGGCAUCACCGAGAUGCGCGACGCCGUCCUUGAUAAGCAAGCAGAACAGUCGUUGAAGCAGAAGCAGCGCGAACGUGUUGCUCCCAAAAUGGGCAAGCUCGAUAUCGAUUACCAAAAACUCUACGAUGCCUUCUUCCGUUUCCAGACCAAGCCCGAGCUGACACGAUUCGGUGAGGUUUACUACGAGGGUAAGGAGUCUGAGGUUGACUACCAACAUUUCCGACCAGGUGAUCUUACUGAGGGUACUAAGGAGGCCCUGGGAAUGCCGCCUGGCGCGCCACCACCAUGGCUAAUCAACCAGCAACGAUUUGGACCUCCUCCAUCCUACCCCACCCUCAAGAUUCCUGGCCUGAAUGCGCCACCGCCUGCUGGAGGCUCCUGGGGUUUCCAUCCCGGUGGCUGGGGCAAACCUCCUGUUGAUGAAUUCAAUAGACCUCUGUUUGGCGGUGAUGUAUUUGGCCUUGCGGCGCAGGGCGGCGGCCAGGGCCAAGGGGCAGCACAAGUGCUUACGGGAGCUGGCGAGCCUGUUGAGAAGAACCUGUGGGGUGAGUUGCAGCCACGAGAAGAGGAAUCAGAAGAGGAAGAGGAGGAAGAGUCUGAUGAAGAGGAGGACGAGGAGGAAGAAGAUGCUCCCGGUGAGCUCGAAACACCUAGUGGCCUUGAGACUCCUGGUGGCUACGCCAGUACAGUGCAACCCGACUACGGACAAGGUGUCGAGACAUCCAUUGCCGGUGAAAUGGAUCUACGGAAGGAGCGUCGUGGCCACGACACGGAAGAGUCCAGUGCUCCUCGAUCCGCCUAUACUAUUCUGCCAGAACGUCAAGUCCGUGCUGAAGGCUUCUUUGGUAGCGAUAGAGUAUACGAUCUCAAGCAGGCUCAAGCAGCCCAACGAGCGGGUGUCCCUGUCCUCGGCGUUGACGAUGACUCACGGAAGCGCAAGAAGCCUGGCGAUAUCGAUGUUGCUCUCGAUGUUGACUCGCUUCACAACAACGACGGUAUCAGCAAGGACGACCUGCGGCGCAAGUUCGAGGAGGGUAAAAAGGAGGAGGGUAUUGGAGCCAAGUGGGCGUAUGAUGACGACCUUAGUGAGAUGAUCGCCCUGGAGAGCCGAAAGAGACAGAAGACGGAGGCGGAGCGUAAUGAGAAGAAGAAGGAGGGCAAGGGCAAAUACUAA